GUAGAGGUCAGAUUAGAUUUUUCGGGUUUCGGUGUCGUUUUUUUUUCGUUCUCGUCGAGGUGAUUAUUGUUGUAAAAAAAAUAGCUUAUUAAUAAUCGGUAAUCAUGUCAGACGAUGAUUUAAUCGGACCUGCCUUACCCCCGUCGUUCAGAAAAAGCAGCAAUGAUGAAUCUGAUGACGAGGAAGGAUUUGCAGGUCCUGCGCUGCCUCCCGGAUACAAACCGGAGUUGCUCUCCAGCUCGGAGGAUGACUUUGGCCAAGAGGAGGUGGAUGUGGUGAUCAAGAGACGAAACAAGACGAGCAGCAGACACGGUCACGGUAGCGGGACGACCAAGGAUGGACCCACCGCACAAAAACAACACAGAGUGGAAGAGGCAGUGAGUAGAAGGCUUGAGGAUGACGAUGAUGAGGAUGAUGAUGAUGAUGGUUUCUUCGGACCGGCUCUUCCUCCUGGGUUCUCAAAGCCACAGGCUUCACCAGAGAGGCCAGGUGGUAUUGGGACAGCCUACCCCCAGGAUUUCUCAGACCGGCAUCUGAUGAUGAAGAUGAUGAUGGCUAAAUGUUUUUUAAAACUGUGUAAUAGGAUGAUGAACAGACCCCAGAAUGAGUUGACAGCCUUGUCUGUGAUGGUUGAUUGGCAGAAUGGUCCGGAGGACGUGGUGCGAGAGACCUGGAUGACAGAGCUUCCUCCAACGCUGCAGCACAUCGGGCUGGGGGCCAGAACCUUCAAGAAGAGGGCUGGACCGGAGAGCAAGGACCGAUCCCUCUGGACCGACACCCCUGCUGACCGAGAACGCAAACUCAGGGAACGACUGGAGGGAAAGGAGAGUGAAGAAACAGAACCGGUCCCUCAACUGUCUCACAAAGAGUUACAGAUGGCUGAGAAAGUGUCCAAAUACAACGAAACCAAGCGUGGCGAGUCUCUGAUCAGUCUCCACGAGAAGCAGAUGAAGAAGAGGAAACUGGACGAGGGAGCCAAGCCGGUGGAGAGGCGAGCGUUUGACAGGGACCAGGACUUGCAAGUCAACAAGUUUGAUGAGGCUCAGAAACAACGUCUGUUGAAGAAGUCCCAGGAGCUCAACACACGCUUCGGACACAGCAAGGAGAAAAUGUUCCUCUGAGACGAUCCACACACACAAUAGCUCAGGAUUGGACAUUUUUUUGGUCACCUGACCCAGUCAAUGAUUGACGGGAACGUUCCAGGUUGACUUUUUAUUGCAGUCCAACUACUCAGAUGGUCAGAACACAUUGUACUGAAUGUGAUCUGAGCAGAACUGGUCGUAAAGAUGUAAUGAUUGACGGGAACGUUCCAGGUUGACUUUUUAUUGCAGUCCAACUACUCAGAUGGUCAGAACACAUUGUACUGAAUGUGAUCUGAGCAGGGA